AUGGAAAACAACAACAACAACAACAACAACAACAACAACACAGAAGACAUCAUCAAUGAUAAUCAUGAACAACAAGAUGAUCAAUUAAUAACAAUACCAAUUAAAUGUAAUCCAUCACCAUUCUGGGGAUUCUAUAUUGGAUUUAAAAAUCAUUAUGAUAGAUACCAACACGUGUUGGAUGGGGUGAUGACUAAACAAGAGUUUGAUGAUUUGAUCGAAUCACUAAACUCUCAUAAAAUGUCUAAAAGUGCUAGAGCAAAGGUGAUCAGUGCCAUCAUUGGAUCUCGUGGUGCUUACAAUCCAACUAGAAAGAUAUUCUAUGGAAAGAUUGAAAAGGUAUUCGAUGUGAUUGAAUAUUAUAAACCAACAUUUCAACCAAGAAAUAUUCAUCUUAAAUUGGUUCAACUUGAAAAUAAGAAAUGUUUAAUUGAGAUGACGUUUAAACCAGCACAUGAUCAAACCAAUUCACAAUAUAAACCAACUUAUAAAAAGGAAUAUGAUCCAUAUCCUUUAAAAACAGCCAAUUAUAUGAUAGGAGUAAUUGUAACAUGUACAUUGGUUGAUAUAUUUAAAGUAUCACCUAUUGAUCCUUUACCAAUACAAUUUAGAAUACCUAGAUUUAUUAAUUGGUUCUUAUUGGCAUUGGGUUAUAGUGCAAUCUAUAUUGGUAGAUAUAAUUUUACAUUAUUAACAGAUGAUAGAAUAUCAAAUGAUAUAAAUUUAAGUUCAAGUUCAUAUGGAUGGAUAUUGAGUAUUGGAUAUUGGACCUAUGCCUUGUUUGCACCGUUUACCGGGUCGUUUGGUGAUUAUUUUGGUUCAAAAUACUCUGUCGUCAUUGGAACGAUGGGAUCUGGUAUAGUUAAUGUUUUGUUGGGUGUCAUUAUCCUAGUUGGUGGAGCACAUUCUAUUCCUCCAACUCUAUUGUUUGGGUUCUUUAAUGCUAUCAAUUUUGUGCUUCAAUCCCUCUCGACGGGAUCAGUCAACAAGAUCAACUCUGGAUGGUACAGGAAAAGCGAUCUUGGUCUUUUUGGUGGUAUUUUUUCGAGUGUCUUGGCAACUGCCUUUUUCUUUACUCUUAGUGUUGGCACUACCAUUGUCAACUCACCACUACAUUGGGGAUUUCUAUUCAUACUACCCGGAGCAUUUCUUAUUAUUUGUGCAAUUGGUAUUUGGUUUCGUGUUAAAGAGAAACCAUAUCAAGCAGGUUGGAAAUAUGAUUUUACAACCUCAUCAUUACCAUUGGUCCUAAAAGAAGAGGGUGAAGAUGAGGAGAAAGAGGGAGAAGAAGGUGAAAAGAAUCAAAUAAAAGGUGAACAAGCAGUAUCAUCAGCCAUUAUUAUUAAUAGUUAUUCAACAACAACACAUGAAGAAGAAUUGGAUCAAUUGGAUUCUGAUGGUGGUGGAGGUAUUUUACUUUCAAAUAUUCAAAAAGAUGGAGCAAUGGAAGAAGUAGAUCUAGACGAAACAAGACAUAAUGUACAACUUCGAGAGAAAAGGUCAUUUAAACAAGUUUUAAAAACAAUAACAAAAGAGGUUUUACAAAAAGAAAAUAUUGAACAAGUAUUUUCAAGAGAUAAUAUAUUAAAUGCUCUUUGUUUAUUUUGUUGUGGUUGGAUUAAAGAAGGUUUUAUAUCUUGGUUUAUUCCUUUUUUAAAAUUUAAAUUUCCAGAUGCAUCAAAUUCAUUAAUAUCAAUUAGUUCAGCAGGAGUAACGGUUGGAGCAACAUUGGGAGGGAUUAUAUGUGGACUUUUAUCAGACCAUGUAUUCAAUUCUAAAAGACCACCAGCUCUAUUUAUCUUUUUUUUGUUGAUGAAUAUUUGCAUUGUUAUAUUAUAUUUUAUAACCAAUCAAGUUGGUGCUGUAUUAAUACUUUAUCUUACACUUGUAUUAAUUUUAGGUGCUAAUAAUGUUUUAGCUGUUACUGCAUUAUUGGAUUUAGGAGUAACAAGAAAUGCAUCAUUAAUGGCAGGAUUACUUACUAGUUGUCAAUAUACAGCAUCUGGAUUUAGUGGAUUUUUACUUGGAUAUAUAGUUGAUCAUCUGGGUUUUAGUUGGUGGAUGAUAUCAAUGUUACCAUUUGGUAUUGCUGCUAUGAUUAUGAUGGGAUAUAAUGGUAUUGGUGAUUUUAAGAAAAGAAAUAAAUAA